UGCGUUCAAAGUGACGCCGGGCAUCGUUUUCCGCCCUUCUCUAUUUACAGUUUGAAUAUCAAUCUCGUGUUCCUUUUGAAUAAACGCGUGAGACAUCCUUCUCAUGCAUCCACUGACUCCCGAGUCCCGCCAAGUCUUUCCGACGUGACGGUUCAGACACAGGAAGAAGAGAAACUUCCAUGAACAUGGAAUUUUCCCCGGGGCAACGCCGUUCUUCUUGGUUCGUCGAUGGCCCCCCAAAUCAUAUGAAGCCGAUGAGUUUUUUCCAGAGUCGAUGAAAAGUCCAACGUGCACGGCGGCGGUUUCUCUCCGGCGCGACUUCUCCCGACGGACCCAGAAGAGCACAGCUCCCGAUCUUUGCGUUGGGCGGGCUGAACGUGCGCGAAGGCGAUGAGGAGUCUCUGCUUUCGCUCCCGCGUGCCGCCUCCUUCGAGAACCCCUCGCGCCGCCCCGGCAGUCCCUCGCGGCCUCCCCGGCUCGUCCGCCGAGGGGAUGGUCGAGUCCUCGGCGGCGGCGAUCGCGAAGUGGGACCCGGAGUCGCCGUCCCCUCGCGCCGGAGGAGCCGGCUCCAUCUUCAUGGAGGACAGAGCGGAGGCCCUGCGGUUCCUGCAGUGCGUGCACGACCUCCGAAAGGCCAUGCACUCGCUGGUGGCCGAGAACUCCGGUUCUGAGAUGCUCUUGCAGGGGCAGAGCUCGAUGCAGAUUGCGAUGAAGAGGCUCCAGAAGGAGCUGUACCGCGUGCUCUCCGCGGAUGGUGCCUGCUUGGACCCGGAGUCAGUUUCCGUGAGAUCGACUGGCUCGAUUUGCGAGGACGAUGGCGACUCUGGCGGUGAAGGGCUGCCGCCGCCUUCGAUGGCGAUGACGGAUUUGAGAUUCAUUGUGGAGUGCAUGAUGUCUUCGGGCUACUCCAAGGAGUGCAUUGCCAUAUACACAGUCGUCCGGAAAUCGAUCGUCGACAACGCGAUUCGUCGUCUCGGGGUCGAGCAAUUCAGCGCUUCGCAGGUGAACGCCAUGGGUUGGGAGGUUCUGGAGGUGAAGGUGAAGUGUUGGUUAGAUGCGGUGAAGGCGGCGAUGAACCUCUUUGCCGGAGAGAGAAUUCUCUGCGACCACUCUUUCUUCGCCUCCGAUUCCAUUGGCGAGUUGUGCUUCGCGGAAAUAUGCGGAGAUGGCGCCACUCGUCUCUUUAAAUUCCCAGCAAUCGUCGCGAGGAGGAGCAAGAAGUCGCCGGACAUGAUAUUCUGCCUGCUCGACAUGUACGCGGCGAUCUCCGAGAACUGGCUCGAGAUCGAAUUGAUGUUCGCGUUCGAUUCGACCUCUGGAGUCCGGUCGGAGGCUCUUGCGUCGCUAGUCCGGCUCGGCGAGUCGGUGCAGGCUAUGUUGACCGAGUUCAAGUCGACGAUCCACAGGGACUCCUCCAAAUCCGUUGCCGCGGGCGGAGGAGUCCACCGCCUGACGGUCUACACCAUGGACCACCUCUGUCGCCUCGCCGACUACGGCGACACCCUCGCCGACAUCGUCACAGACUGCUCGCCGCCGGCGAAGCCUUCACUGCCGGAAGAUUACUUCGACGGAUCAGACUCGGACGAGGCUCCGGCGCCGGCGAUCUCCCUGCAAAUGGCGUGGCUGAUCCUUGUCCUCCUCUGCAAGCUCAACGGCAAGGCGGAGCACUACCGGGACAUCUCCGUCUCGUACCUGUUCCUCGCGAACAAUUUGCAACACAUCGUAUCGAAGGUGCAAGCGUCGAACUUGCGGUACCUGCUUGGCGAGGAGUGGGUGGCGAGGUACGCGAGGAAGCUGAGGCAGUUCGCCGAGAACCACGAGCGGGUCGCAUGGGGCGAGGUGGCGGCGUCGCUGCCGGAGGACCCGAGGGCGGCAAUCUCGCCGGCGGAGGCGACCGAACGGUUCCGGCGGUUCAACGCGAGGUUCGAGGAGGCCUGCCGGAGGGAGGGCACGAGGGUGGUGCCGGACCCGAAGCUCCGAGAAGAGAUGAGGGCGUCGCUGGAGAGGAAGGUGGUUCGGGCGUACGGGGAGUUCUACGACGCGCACUGGCUCACCGUCGGAGGCGAAACCAGCGGGGCGAUCUCGAUCAAAUAUACGCCGGAGGACGUGGGGUAUUACCUGGCCAGUCUCUUUUCGGAACCGGCGUAUUCAGGUAGCGAGCCAUCGUCAUGGCCGUCACCGGCAGUUUCGGCUUCUUCGCCGUCGCCGUCGCCUCGCUGGUGGCAUCCGAGAUCUCAUUGAGGAAGGUCCUUGCAAAUUUGUCCCGUUGAUGUGCGUACUGAUUUUUCGAUUAUUUGAAAAUGCUACCAUCCCUUACUGCUCAUGAAAAGACUUCUCUUAUCGUUGUAAAUAUGGGUGAAAAUUCGUGCUGCAAUUUUGAACAUACAUCAAAAUUCGUUUCCCCUUGA